AUGGCGAGCCUCUCUCCAUCGUUGUGCACGCCUCAGGCAUUUUCAUAUCCUCACAUACCAGGUGCCGAAGUGCUAUCACUGCACGCUUCCCAAGUUUCAAAUGUAUCCAAGUACAUACCCGAAUGGUACUACUACAACCAUGGCGGGGUGACAGCUCAAAAUCUCAACUUCUGUAAUGUCACAGUGACCUACAAACACACCGGCAAAAACGACACCAUCAACGUUGGGGUCAUCCUACCCAGUGACUCGUGGAAUGAACGACUUCAAGGAAUCGGAGGAAACGGCUACACAGCGGGCCUCACUAGCACAACGGAAUUUGGAAUGAUCGCAGCAGCUGCAGAAGGCUACGUCGCCAUCUCAACAGACGGUGGCCACACAACCGACGACCCUGCAGACUGGGGCCUUCUGGAAAACGGAACGCCGGACUACAAUACCAUGUACAACUUCGGCAUUGCUUCUCUCGGCGAUGCAGCAAUCAUCGGAAAGAGCGUGGCAGAGAGUGCAUAUGGAUCGAAACCCAAAUACUCUUAUUGGACCGGCUGCUCGCAAGGUGGCCGACAGGGUCUGGCGCUCGCCCAACAAUAUCCUGAAGCAUAUGAUGGGAUUGUUGCCUCUGCUCCGGCAAUAAAUUGGCCACAAUUUUCGAUGGGAGGAUAUUGGACUCAGUUUGUCAUGAACCAGCUCGAUGAAUAUCCAUACCCUUGCGAGAUCAACGCUGUGACAGAUGCUGCUCUCUCCGCGUGCGACAGUGCUGACGGUGUCGUGGAUGGUGUAAUCACGGACCCGGAUUCAUGUGUCUUUGAUCCCUUCACUUUAGUGGGAACCCAAAUCAACUGCAGCGACACUAGAUCACAGUUGAGAAUUUCGGCUGCUACCGCGAAGGUCGUUAAUGCUACCUGGACGGGAGCAAGGGACUCACAAGGCAACUUCUUGUGGUAUGGAUUCAAUCCUGGGACUGCAUUGACAGGGGCAAAUACACCGGCAAAUACAAAUUGUACCAACGGGACAUGCACUGCAGUCUCCAGCCAGCUGUAUAAUCGAUGGGCUCAGGUUUUUAUCGAGCACAACCUGAACUUCACCCUGAAGAACAUCACACACCAAAAAUAUGACCAGAUUUUCCGCAAGUCUGUCCAGCAAUGGAAUUUGAUAUUUGGAACGAACAACCCAGACCUGUCGAAAUUCCGUGAUGCUGGUGGCAAGAUGCUUACAUAUCAUGGCCUGAUGGACGAGGUGAUUCCUCCUGAUGGCACGAGGUCAUACUACGAAGCGGUAACUGUCGGUGACUCGAGUGUUCAUGAGUACUAUAAGUUCUUCGAAGCUCCAAUGAUGGGACACUGCUUCGGCACCAAAGGAGGAUAUCCUUCUACUAUGUUCGAUAGCCUUGUCGCUUGGGUCGAGGCUGGCAAAGCUCCUACAAGUCUUCCAGUGAAAUACUCCCCAGACGAUGGGAAGACAUACCAUAGAAUCCUUUGUCCAUACCCACAACGAGCGACGUACAAAGGUACUGGGGAUGUAACGUCUGCCGAUGCAUUUUAUUGUGCACAUGGAGUUGUUUCUGUUUAG